AUGGAUUUGAAGGUAAAGAACUAUCUUUUCCAAUCAAUUGAUCGAACAAUCUUAGAAACAAUAUUGGAACGUGACACUGCAAAGAAUAUAUGGGAUGCAAUGCGACGCAAGUAUCAAGGUUCAACCAAGGUAAAACGUGCGCAAUUGCAAUCCCUAAGACGUGAAUUUGAGAUUCUUGAAAUGGAAGAAAGUGAAUCUGUCACUGAUUUCUUUGCAAGAACGCUCAAAAUUGCAAACAUCAUGACUGCACAUGGUGAAAGGAUGGAACAAGUGACAGUAGUUGAAAAGAUUCUUAGAUCAAUGACUGAGAAAUUCAAUUACGUGGUAUGUUCAAUCACUGAAUCAAAUGAUGUAACUACUAUGUCCAUAGAUGAGUUACAAAGCAGUCUUCUUGUUCAUGAGAAGUUAAUGAAAGGCAAGAGUCAUGGUGUCAUAGUUGGAGCGGAGCAGGCUCUCAAGAUUUCCAAUGUUGGUAGAGGGAGAGGUCGUAGUUCUUCCUCAAGAGGGAGAGGGCACUCAUUCUUAUAG